AUGAAUACUUGUUUAUCUACCGUCUCCAUUGAGGUCAAAUAUCACAGCUUGGUUUGCUUUGAAACUUUACCGCAACCUCAUAAAUUACUUUGUGAACCUUGUUGUGAAUAUAAUAAUAAUUUUUGUCAAGUAUUUUGUAAACACAAAGCAGAUGUUACACAAGAAUUUAAUGAGAUUUUUAUACAAGAGGAAAUAAAUUUGAAAAGAAAAUUGUUCCGUCUGUCUAUGAAGAAUGAAACAUCAAAGCUAAGAGUAACAUCAAAUGAAAAUGAAAGCUCCUUUGUAGCUUUUCCGUCAUUUAGUUUCGUUCAUAAUGAAGACUAA